AUGGACAAGUUUCGUUUGUAUCUUUUGUUACAAUUAUGCGUGCUGACGGCGCCUCAAAAGACGAUUUUAGACUCGCCAAUAAAUUUGCACUAUUAUCGGCAAUUUCGUAACUGGCUUCUCCAAAGUAUCGGAGCAAAUAAUCACGAUGUGAGACCAGUCUCACAAUCAGCGCGAAAUGAAAGCAAACUUCAAGUACAGGUUCCAUCGGACGUUCCAUUUCCUUGCAACGUUACAGGUGGCAGGUCUUCCAAUGUUCCCGAGUCGGUUCAUCGUUUGAGACCAGGUGACAUAGAUGUUAUUGCCGCGAUGGGCGAUUCUUUGACAGCCGGUAAUGGAAUUUUUGCAACUAAUUUAUUGGAAAUGCUCGUCGAAAAUAGAGGUGCGUCAGCUAGCAUUGGUGGCGAAGGAACUUGGCGAACAUACUUGACGCUUCCCAAUAUUUUUAAAGAAUUUAACCCCAAAUUAUUGGGCUAUGCACUUGGAGAUUCUCUGACUACUCAAUCAGCUUCGCAGUUAAACGUCGCUGAGAUCGCUGCAAUAUCCAGAGAUAUGCCAUUUAUGGCCAAACAUCUAGUCAAUAAAAUGAGAAAUGAUCCGAGGAUAGAUAUAAAGAGAUAUUGGAAGUUGAUCUCCUUAUUCUUCGGGCACAAUGAUUUUUGUAGCAAUAUAUGUGGACUUCCUUCUCCGUGGUCUGUUUUGGAUAAUCACAAAACUGAUUUAAUUAAUACUCUUACGAUAUUAAGAGAUAAUUUACCCAGGACUUUUGUCACUAUUCAUAUAAUGCCUCACUUAAAGGAACUCGUUGCUACGUGUCAAGGAAGAAAGUCUUUGAAAUGCUAUAUAACCACUACCAUUGAAUGUUCAUGUUUGUUCGCUUUGCAAUUCAGAAAUCAAAGACAGGAGUAUUUUAAAAUAAUGGAGAGGUGGCAAGAAUUGGAAGAAGAAAUCGCCAAUUAUCCAGAAUUUCAUAGAAAUGACUUCACUGUUGUAAUUUUACCAACACUUAAACACGCGAAGAUACCGCUUGCCAAGGAUGGAUUCGCCGAUUUAUCGUAUUUUUCUGUUGAUUGCUUUCACCUAAGCCAAAAAUCUAACGCAAUAUUGGCAAAUAAUCUGUGGAACAAUUUGUUAGAACCAGUUGGCAACAAAUCUUCUGUUUGGACCCCAUUAUAUGAAAGAUUUUUGUGUCCUACAUCGGAAAGACCAUUCUUGAUGACACGUGAAAACUCGCACAAUUUUUUCUAAAUUGAAGACGCGUCUGUGAUUUGAUUUCGAGAUUGAAAUUGUGGGCAUUAAAAUUUAGUAUAGUAGAAUCAAAGUGCCCUUUUUAUCCACAAUCCAAUUUUAUUAAUAUAUCAUAUACUUAAUUAUAACUAAUAAUUAUUUCUUAAUUUGAUAAAGUAUAUCUGUUCAGAUAUCUCUGUUAUUGCAUAUGAUCUCAUCCCGAACUUUAUGUAUUUCACAUUUGUAAUCGCAGCUGCCUUUUUUACUUUAUAUCUCACACUAAUCUUUAUCAGCGCUUUUAUGAGACGUCUAUGCUAAGUACAUUCAUAUAUGAUUUCAUGGUUUUAGAAAGAAAUGAGUGUAGAGUCGACGAAUUUUUAAUUUUCGAACGAUAAAUGACUGGGAAUGCUUGAGAGAUAUUCAAUGGUAUUUUCAGUUAUUUAUUUGUCUUCCGUUUUCUAUUCUGUCAUCGUUGCUUGUUUGUUUCGUUCCUCUUCAUUACUAUCACGAUAAAGUUAAAAAUUAGUUACGAAAUUAUUAUUCAGCGAAGUAAAAAUUGUUCAGAUUUACAGAAAAAUAA